ACUACCACCAGCCGCCUCCACUCGCUCCCCCACACAGAAAACCCUAGCCGCCGCCACCGAAGCGGCCUCCCAGGUAAGCAAGAGCGUCCACCCCGCCGCCGCCAUGAAGCGCAAUCCCCGCGUCACGAGCUCUCGCCGGAAGUGCCGCAAGGCGCACUUCACGGCCCCGUCCUCCGUCCGCCGCGUUCUCAUGUCCGCCGGGCUGUCGACGGAGCUCCGCCACAAGUACAACGUGCGCUCCAUCCCGAUCCGCAAGGACGACGAGGUGCAGGUCGUGCGCGGCACCUACAAGGGCCGUGAGGGGAAGGUGGUGCAGGUGUACCGCCGCCGCUGGGUCAUCCACGUCGAGCGGAUCACCCGCGAGAAGGUGAACGGCUCCACCGUGAACGUGGGCAUCCACCCCUCCAAAGUGAUCGUCACCAAGCUGAAGCUCGACAAGGACCGUAAGGCUCUCCUCGACCGCAAGGCCCGGGGCCGCGCCGCCGACAAGGCUAAGGGCAAGUUUACUGCCGACGACGUCGCUGCAGCCGCCGCUGGUGGCGCCGCCACCGGCGCCUCUCUCCAGGAGAUCGACUAGACUCUUCACGGUCAUCUGAUGGUUGUCGUACCGCCUUUUCCUCAUCUCUUUUGUUUUUGCUACCAAUGAUUAUGUGAUAGAGGUUUUAUGUUAUUUGAAAACUGCUCUGUGCCUGGAUGAGAGUUUUUGGAACAUAAUGUGAACCUGUGUGUCUGUGACCUGAGCUUUGAAGAUCUCAUUAUGUGGUUAAUGUCUCCUUGUAGUAUCUUCUAAAUGGUUGCUGUGAUUUGUCUUCA